GUCAUCUUUGAGCCAGCCUACUUCCUUAUGUGCAGGCGGGCGCUAUAUAUUCGGUAGUUUGGAUUGGGAGAUUUCUGUCAAUCACUGGAUUGACCAAUUAAAAUGCGUCUUUCACUUUCUAUUUUGCCUUGGACAAAAGGGUUUAGGAUUUAAGAAUGGCGGGUUUAUUAGAAAAAAUAAAAGACCUCUACCCAGACCAGGCAAGAGAACUCGAAAAAGAAAAUUUCCGCAGUGACAACGACAUCCGGACAUUGACCAAAGAGGAUCUACAGGAACUGCUUGGCCCUAAGAACCUCAAGCAGAGAAAGGCCGUUUAUGAACUGAUACACCAGCAGAAGCCAAUUGGGGAUCUUUUAAAAGACUUAAAAGCUUUUAUCCCUGCAGAAUCUUUGGAAGCUGCCCUGACAGAGAAUGGGGUCUUGAGUGGCUACCUGCAGAUCAUGAAGGACUUGACGUCCCAAGUAGGAAAGGUCCAAUCAUUUUUGCAGGCACAUGUGAGCCUGCUGGAGGAACACAGUUAUGAUUAUAAGGCGGCGAAAGGAACACACCCAGGAGGCAAUGUGCAAAAAGGUAAAAAUUCAUCACCUGGAUUCUGGAAUUUGUGGGGUUUCGGGGAUACUAAGGAAGUCCCCAGUUCUAGCUCUCCAGAGAGCGGUCAAAGAGAUGGCCCUUACCUUAGAUCAGAUACUGACCCAGAUCCUUAUCCCAGCAACGUGGACCCAGAUGAGCCACUAGGAGCCCACAAAGCACAGCCUGUAGCAGAGGUUUCAUCCUCUGUUGCAACACAGCAGAUAAGUAUGACUGAAAAACUCCAUACUGUAACAUUCCAGUCUAUUGUAAGCGGCAAAACAUUAAACUGCGAAAAUACCAUAUUGGAACAAUUGAGGAACAGGGGAAAAGUGAUUCUUAAGGAGACAGAAGACACCCCCCAGCUCAUUAUUGUGUUCUGUCCAAUCACGUCACGGAUUGACUCAGACUUGGAGAGUGUCAUGAAUAGACAUCCAGAGUCAUUGGUUGACAAACCUGUUAUUUUGGUGAUGAUGCAUCACAGAUACAAUCCCAACGAAGGAGUCAUCCAGAAGCCAGGGUCAGUCCUCAAGAAAUGGAACAUUGCGUUGGUUGUCAACGUUUUCUACCACGAAACCGUGCAUGGAUUGGUGCCCUGCGUCAUGAACAACCAGGCGGUCGAUGAAAUGCACACCACAUUAAUGAAACGAUGUGAAAAAAGCAUCUGUGAAUGUGUCAACGAUAGCGACAUUGCAAUGUCGGACCCCUGCGGUCAUAAUAGCAGCGCUUCCGAAUCGUUGGUUCGAUCAGGAAAUGACAAUAUGGCUUUGCUUGCUCAUGAAUGCAACACUGGUACUAGCAGUAAUGUAUUCUCCCAAAGGACUAGUAGUAGCAGUAGUUAUGGUAGUCAUGACAACCGGGGUGGUAGGGUUCCUAGUGUGGAUACACGUCCCAGUGGAAGCCAAGGCAACCCAAAAGGUAUGGUUUAUAAUGUCGCUAUACGUCACAGCAGUUUGAGGGGUGAUAAUGACACAUGCACUUCUGGUUUUCAUGGCAACCAAGUAGGUUAUGGUGGUAAUGCCAGAACACGUAAUAGUACGGAUGGUGAUGACCACAGUGCUGGUAAGGUAGAUCAAGGAACCAGAGCUGGUUUCAAGAACCCUCUCUAAGAGGAAAGGAUGGAAAUUGUUCAUCCAUGUGCUGCCAGUGCUAGUAAUGUUUUUUUAUUUUAUUCCUCAAUCAGGAAUAUUAUGUUUUGUGUGAAACAAUGGCAUCAUGGGGUGGGUUCAUAUGUUUGUAUUAGAUCAAAGGGUAGGCUUAUCUUUUUAAUGAUUAUAUUUGUAUAAUAAAGUACUGUUACAAGAAUGCUUCAUAGAUAGAAAAUAAUAUGUUAAUGAACCCCACCAUGUUGCAUUCCUUCAAGCUAAAUCGUUCAAAAAACAACUAAGCCUUCAGUUCAGACCAAUGUACCAAUAACCAAUGCAAUGUAUAUAAAGUAUAUAAAGCCUUAAAGAUUUACCAAAGCGUUCAAUAUGCUUCAGUGACUAUGCAAUGUAAAGAGUCCACAGAUAUUUUUAAGUAUUUCAAAUAAAGGCAAUGGAUUAAU